GCAAAUGUCACCAACUGUCGUAAUUGUUAACUAUUUGGAGGUUAUAUUUUGUUGGAUUUUUUAUUAGUUUUCUUUGUGGACAACGGGUAUAGUUCCAAUUUUGUUGGUCUAAUUGAAUUAUUAAUUAAAACGGGACAAUUUGAACGAAUACAGUAUAAAAAAACACUCGGAAACUCGGAGUACACGCAUACAGGGUAUUUCACUGAACACAAAAGGAGAUUUUUUAGAUUAACAAAUAUGGCCGACCAGAAUGGGGAUAUAACUUUGUUGAAAAAAACAAGGAUUUCUGUCUUCGUAGACGAAGCUUUUCCAGAUAUUCUAGUAGUUACGUAUGAAUUUGGACUUAAAAUUUUUAAAGGGGUACUUUUGGACUCCACAAAAAGAAAUCUGCCAUGUGGGGUUCCAUUCAUAAACCCAGCUUUCAAAACUACAACAAAAAAUCCUGAUGAUGAUCCUCUCUAUGCAGUCAGUCAAAGAUUUGCAUACAAUGAUCCCAAUGCACCCAAGAAAAAGAGUGUUCAGGUACCUAAUAAAUAUAAAAAUAAAAAUAGUAAAAUGACAGUGAGACUUAGGCCCAGGCAAGUUCUUUGUUCAAAAUGUAAGGGUAUUUGUAAUGAAAAUUCAGAAAAUGUGUCUAGAAAAAGAAAAAAUUCUGAAACUGCCAGUAGUCCUCCCCCGCCUCCCCCCUCCUCAAGAAGAGCUAGCAAUGCUCCUAUGACAAGGUCAGUAAAAAACUAUUUAAGUGCAAAAAGAAAAUUAAAACGCAACAGCCAAAGCGACAGUGAUGAAGUAUGUAAGAAAAACAGUAAAAAAUCAGUAGUUGAAGAUAAAGAAAUUGAUAACCCAAAUUGGAUUGAUACAGAUUCAUUGUCUAUAAAGAAACCUUUAAUGAAUAUGAACUCUGAGAACGAGCCUCAGGAGGAUCCUUUACUAAUAAAGCAUUCCGAAGAACAUUCCCAAGAAGAAUCAGAUUUGGCCGUGGAAGAACAGGCUGUUUUUCAACAACCCACGCAGACGCAAGUGCUACGAGCCGCGAGGAGAACAAGAAAGAAAAAAUGUACAAAUGCGACAGACGAGGAUAGCAAUACUUUAGCAACGACUUCGGAUCAGCCAUCUAGUGUAGUGUCAGGCAGUGUAGUACCUAGUACGAGGACGAUCAAAAUAUCGUACGGACCUCAAGGCGAAGGAACGGUGUUGAAAAUACCGGCGCAGAUAGACAAUAUCACAGACGAUGAUUCGGAGGAAAACAUCAACAUUACCGGCCGAGUUAAUGUGCCCAAUACUAAAGCUGCGAGAAAGGCAAUGAAGAGGGCCAAGAAGGAAGCCAGGAGGAAAGUUCUUUUGGGUGGUAGUCCAUUGUACUUGGGAGGGGCUUCUCCAAGAUAUUUGACUAGUCCAGCGGCGUCUCCUAGAUAUACUUUGGGUGGUUCCAGUCCAAGAUAUACCGUUGGUGGUACGUCGCCUAGGCAAGGGUUAGGUAAUUAUUCGCCGAGAUACGUGAUAUCCUCUUUUGAAAUUACAGUUCCUAGACGUAGAAAACACAAAAUGAAGCACAAGAAGAAACACAAAGAAGACAAGGAAAAAAAGCAUAAGGAGGGCGAGGUCAGUAGUUCCACUCAAGAUGAAACCAAAGAACAAUGUAUUACGCAGAAACUAUCCAUCAAUUUGAAAAGGUUGAACAACACGUACACCUCUUCUGCGACGCAGGACGAGUCGGCAUCCAGUUCGGACGAACAUAUCUCUGAUUUCCCCCCGCCCAACCCUCCAUUAAUGCUUCGGAUGAACGCUCAGGAACUGCCAAGUGCUUUAGGAGCCGACGGGGUUAGAUUUUUUGUGGGAGAUGUAGUAUGGGGAAAACUUCGCGGUUUUCCAUGGUGGCCUGGAAAAAUCCUUACCAUAACCAAUGGCAAUUCUCGAGGUCCUCAAGCUCACGUGGCCUGGUAUGGCACGUCGAAUUCGUGUCUGGUCCAAUGUGAUCAACUGAGCCAUUAUUUAGAUAACUUUAAGGUUUAUUACAAUAAAAAGAGAAAAGAUUUUUAUAAGGACGCUAUAAAACAAGCCACGACAGAAGCCAGGGAGAAUGCCGAAAACCGAGUGAGACAACCUUUAGGAAAUUCCCCAUCUCAUAAUAUCAUACCUCAAGUAGUGCCCCCCGCGUUAGCAUCGCCCAGAGAAAUUGACGUCAUGUCUUAGAUAGAGUCUGCAGGUACAACAAAAAAACAAUUUCUUCAUUUUUAAUUUUUGCCGUUUAAUAAAAGGUUUUAUUUACAAAACGCCUUUUACCAAAAACAAUAAUAUUAUACUAUUUUUAUUACAAGUCUCGUUUUUUGGCAGUUGAUUUAUCAAUAUAAAAUGAUUCUUAAACGGUGUAAACAAUUUUACAGGUUUUUAAAUAUUUUUGUCAUAAGAGCUAAUUUAUAAAAAACACUCCUGCGUUCUGUUGUUGUACUAUACGAUCGAAAAAAACGGCGUCACAGUAGCCUUUGAAAUACAACUGAUAAUUCGGAUUGGUUCCUCGCGUUCUUUAUUAAAAGUUGAUAUAAAAAUUUGUCAAAAAAAUAAUAUUUGAUUCCAAAAAAAUAAGAUUUAGAAUGUAGAAUGAUUGAUGUAAAUAAAGGAAAAUUUUUGCUUUUUCUCGUUCAAAUACUAAUUAACAAAUUGUAAUUUUUUAAUAAAUACGAUAUAGGGAUCGGCACGACAAAAAUCAUUAUUGAUUCAUAAUUGAGAGGUGACUGUGACGUAUUUUUUUGAUCAUUUGGUACUUUAUUACGUUAUUAUUACAAAAAACAGACUGGUACAAAAACCUUAAUAAAGUAAAAUAAGAUAACCAUAAGCAGAAAAUAUAUUUGCUGUUCUUUUAUUAACUAAAUUUAUAUUUUGCAAUACCAUAAAAUAUUAUGUAAUGAUAAUAUAUAACCAAAAUUUUCAAACAGAACACAGGAGUAUAAUUCGUAGAUUAUAUUAUUUUGGACAAAAAAAUUGUUGAUCUUCUUAAAUAAGACUAAGAUUUCAAUUUUCAGUGAGUUUUUUAGAGUUUAAUGUCACACAAUAAUUAUUUUUUAUACUCUAAAGGUGCGUUCACGCCGGCUGCGCAGCUCCGCGCCGCGCCGCGAAUGAUUUUUUUAACAUAUAGUUUUGUGCGCGCUAAAAAAAUACACUUCAAAAGUGCAUGUUAAAAAAAUGUGUUGCGGUGUGAAUGCACCUUUUAAUAAUAAAUACGAGAAUAUUAUUAUUACUAUAAUUAUUUUUGUCUUGCUUUUGAAUAAAAACCGGUGUCACAGUGGCUUUUGAACUGAAAAUUGAUUAUAAUUUCUAUCGUGCUGACACCUAAAAUAUGACGUGUGUUCGAAAUUAGCAUAAAAAAAUAUCAAAAAUUAAUAUUUAAAAAGAUUUGAAUUAAUUGGAAACCUUUUCCGAUUUUUCUAAAUUAUAUAUGAUCAUAUUUGACAACUUUUAUGCAAACUAAAUUGCAUUAAUAAGUUGAUCAGACACAAAAUAUCAGUAAUUGUUAUUUCGAAGGUCACUGUCAUGCCGUUUUUUUUUCUCUGGACGAAAAGGUAAAAUUGAACUAAAAUUAAUUAUUGACAUACAUGGAUAGUCUAAUAAAAUUAGGUUUAUAUAAAACUUGAAAUACUCUUAUUUAAGAAGACUAUAUUGGAAGAUUAUUUUUAAAAUUUGUACGAAAAAAUAUAUAAAAAAAUCUAGUAAUGCUGCCAUUGAUACGUCAAGAUAUACUUACGACUCCACUGUGCUAUAACAUUUUUUUCAUACUUUUUAAAACUCAUACCUCAAAUUAUUACAUACAAAAGAGAAGAAUUUUAGGGUAGCAUAUCAUUCAUAAUCUGUUAUUUAACAAAGAAAACAUGUACUGCAUACAGUCUUUCAUAGUCAGUUAAAAAAUUCUAUAUUCAUCAGCAUUUUCGUAACAGAUGCUGAAUAUGUGCAGCCUUAAGCAAAUAUUUUUAUGACUAGUGUAAGUUUUUUAAUGUUGUGUAGAAUAUUUAAUCAUAAGUGUGUAUUAUAGUGUUUAUAUUUUGUUACUGUACUUCAUUUUGUUUAGAACAGCAUGAGCGGAAGAAAAUUUAUAAUUUUUAAUGUUAUAUUUUAACUAUUUUAACUUAUACACAUUUCGUUUUUUUUAUCGUCUGUUAUAGGAACAAUUAAAAACGUAUUUCUCAAUAUUAUGCACCUUUUUUUAUUGAAUUUUUUAUAAGGGUUUAUUGCAACUUGUUACCCCCAUACAAAUGUUCCAGUUACUGCGAAAUUUAGUUAAUACAAUAAGAUAUCUGUGAUUUUAUUCUCUUAGUGUAAGUGUAAGUCAAAAUAAACAGUCUUUGGUA